AUGGAGAUGAAGCACGUAGUGGCGCGUUUUAUGGUGCACAAGGUAGGCAGCUUUGUCGUGAAGGAGCGUGUCCUGUGCUUUGGGGAAUAUUCGUUCUCAACGCUGGAUCGAGAGAAUCAACAAGUGACCAACAUGUGGCCAUAUGAAGACGUUGAUGGGGCGAAUGUACUGGAAGGAGAGACAGAUAUUGUGAUUCAUACACCACGUCACCGCGUCAAGAAGACAGUGUAUCGCUGUCACUUUCGCAUGGAAGUCCUCGUGUGUCUCUUACGUCUACGUAGUCAGCAUUACGCUAAAAUGCCCAAUCAUCCGACACCUGUGGAGCUGCAGACACAUGUGUUUCCAAGCUUAAAAUGUCUCAAGAAUGGCGUUCAGACCACGUGUGUCGUCGAGAUCCAGCCGGAUGGUAUUUACCAGCGGGAUACAGAGGGAGAUGUGAUGAGUCAUAUUCCGUAUACUAGCUUGGUCUCUAUUGAUCUUAUAUGUGACGAUCUUGAAGCUAUUGUACUAAAUCAUUCAAACAACUCGAGUCUCUUUCUAGUACCAAAACGUACGGAACUCGCACAAAUUAUAAAUCAAGUGAUGAAAGCUUAUGGGAUACAGAUGAAUGAGUAUCGCAAGAAAACAAUGAAAAUGGCAUUGAAUGAUAAUGACAAAGCAACAUCAUUUACAUCGAGUGGAGUGUCAUUUGAAUAUCAAGUGUCCAAGAUCUCGCAGUUAAAGGAGUCAAGCGCUGCUCCAAGGACGCUUUCCGUCUCGGAAACGUAUAUCACCGAGUAUAUAGACGCAAAAACGGUGAUUUCCAGUCGCCCUUUGUCGCGGGUUUACAGUCUUAUCAUGUACCAAGAUACGCUGCAGACAUUUGAAGUUGUCUAUGUAGACGGAGUCAAGCGCAAAUAUCAUUCUGCUCAAUGUGAAAAGAUUGUGUGUGAAUUGCUGGCGUCUUGUCACGCAGUGGGAAACGUUCAGGUGGGUAUAGAGAUGACUGCAAUUCCUGAUACGAUGCGUAUGAUACCCCGCAAAAUCAUCUUACAAGAAGGAAACAAGUUUGCGAAUACGGUGUCGAUUGUUAAUGUCAUGGAUCGAGAGCUCCGUGUCGCACAAGCGAAUAUCUUACAGCUGCUAGCCGGGCACGGCCAUCGGAAGACAGCGCGCACGCAACGACAGCUUCCUCGUGGCCGCGACGAGGAGAUGCACUCUUUGGCGGUGGAGUUUAAUGUGAAUACACCAACGUCCGGUGUGAUUGCACAGCCUAGCAAGCCUUUUGAUAAGGUGCUGUACGUGCUAGCACGGGAGCUCAAUGACAUUGUUGCUCGACAUGGUGCGAAACACGACUUCGUGUGCACGUAUUUGCAAUCCCUCUCUCGUUUGAUGUUUGCGCCAUCUGCCAUCAACGAAUUCAUGAAGAUUCUGACAGAACGCGAAGACGAGUAUAUCAGCACAAUUACUAAGAUUUUGAACAGUAAAAUGUCAGUCGCCAUUUACUGGAUGUUUAUGGUGCUGAGCCGGCUGAUGAAGUCGAAAGGCCACAAGUUGCAGUGUCGACAGCUUUUGUUAUCCAACAGCGUUUUCAUGAUGACGCUUCUUUCGCUACUAGACGAAGAUGUUCAGACGAGUUCUUUUUUGUCUGACUUACCGACGAUGAAAUUGUGCCAGUUCAUUCUGUUGCUUGUGAAGACAAAUGGAGAGAAGCAGCAGACGCUCUCAGAAACACUUUAUCAGCACUUGGCGACAAAAUACCGAAUGCUGCUUCGUAUUCUUUUCAGCUUUCCAGGUUUGGGUACUGUGGAGGCCUGCGUGGGAAUUUUAAGCAGAAUGACGAAGAAUCCAGCGUUUUUACACUUUGGUAAUAUGGGUUCUCCGUUGCGAUCCAAUGACGGAAAGGUUCCUCGACAAACGCUUAGCUUUGGUGAAACCUUGAGUUUUGGCCCAGGUAGCCAACGUGGAGCUGUGGCUCCGCUGUCCUCUCGUCCUCCAACAUAUUCGUCUCGAAGAAAUAACUAUAUUGCAAGUAGGGGAAACAAUACGUUUUCAUCGUCAGCGUCUUCAUCUAGUGGUUUGUCUGGCGCUUCGACAAACGUGGUAGUCGUACAAAACCCUGAAGUGCUCUUGCGGCAAUAUCGCCAGUUUCUCGAAGCAGCAUGCGGCUCCCUGAAGAUGGAGAUCCAUCAGUACGAUGACCCUGUAUUUUUACGCCUUCGAUACCGAUGUCGCAAUGUUUUUCUGCAGGAGCUCAUGAGUCACUUGGUGGGUAAUUUUGAGGAAUUCAAGCGCGUAUACAGCGUUGACUGCUGCCAGUUCACUGGAUUUAUCGGCACAGCAGAUGGGCAGCGAGAAAAGACCAACUUUUAUUUGACGCCUCGAGCUCUGAUUGCUGUGCGAAUUGUGACUAGGCACACUCACGAAUUUGAGUACCGGUCAAUCGAAAAGCUUACUCAAGCAACCAUCAUUCCAGAUGCGUUUAUCUUCACAGUAAAGAACAAAUUGAAGUUUAUCUACUCCGACCAGACCAACGCGAUCGUAAAAAAGAUGAAGACACUAGCUGGGGUAAUUGGGAUCCAUCUUCGGUUUGAAAUCCGAGACAAGCUUCCAAAGCAGUCCGUGGAGAAGAAACUCGACCACUCCGCUUUUCCGACAAAUGAUAUAUUUGAUGUCCAGAGACGAACUGGUCGACAUGGAUCCUCGCACUUGCGAAAGAAAAAGUUGUGCUUUGUUGAUGGAACUAUUGAAGAGAUCUCCAACUUUUCGAAAAAGGUAUACGAUCUGAAGAAAUUACGGCGUGUAGUGGUUCCUGGGUUGGGAAGUGACGAGAUGCAGGCUGUAAUCGCAUUGGAAUUUUCGGAUUGCAGUCGCGUGGUUUACGUGCCAUAUGAAAUUGAAAAGUUUCUGGCGGCACUGUACGAUGGGUAUCGCUACGUCGACAACUAUGAUGUAUCAUUAAGUCGAGAUUUUCCUAACUUGAACUCGAGAAUGUCUCUGAGGGCAUUGUUAGUUAAUGAGCAUGAACAAUAUCUUUAUCUCAACCACGAUGGACUAUACAUCCCAGCGCACAUGUAUCUGGAGAAAGAGCUUCAAAUGAUGAAAAAUGAAGGUGUCAGCAUCACGGCGGCAACAAACAAGGUCGUUUUUGCACUUGAGAGCUUGAAUAUGGAUGUCGAAAUGGAAGAUUUUGCAAGCAAAAUCAUGCGUGGACGCUUGGAGAAGUUAUCGUUCAGUAGCUUGCUCUGGGGAAUUAACAAUAUGCUCGAGCAUUCCUGCAAGCCACCGAUUCGGGCAAACGAAAUUUGUGUAAUUCUGGAAGCGUUCUGCCGCAUCAAUGACGGCUGCUAUCGGAUCGCAAUGGAGGAGUCGAAUGGUGGGGCAGUGAUACUCGUUCCAAUGCUGGCUCAAACACUCGUUUCAGGUGAUCCGAUUGCAACCGUAUGGGCAGUAAACGCACUUCAUUCGAUGGUGACUGACAAAUCACGAUCAAAUGCACAUCGAGUAGCUGAAAAGGCCAUUCGGUACCAGGUGUUCGAGCAUACGAAGCUUAUAUCGUUGUUGACUGAUCUGCUGGAGCAACGCAAUUUCAGCUCCACGCUGGUCAUGCUACAACUGGUUUUGGAUGUACUAGUUGUUACUCGUCACAGCACGGAUAAUAAGCACUUUGACGCCAUCGUUAAAGCGCUCGGGGCAAAGUAUUUACUUUUGAUGGAGCUAGCGUCUCAAACAUCGAAUGCAGGGCUAGUUGCAGCUGCUAUUUGUGUCUUAAAGGUGAUUGUUGACACGAACCUUGGGGACCGUAAGGUGCGACGACGCAUUUGUGACGCUGCCCUGGAAUCAGGGCUCACUAUUAAGCACUUGUACGAGGCGUUUUUCCACCCUUCUGAUAAUGCAAAGGAGACAUACCAGUACAUUGCAAGCAUCUGGGUGACUCACCAUAAAGCCUCCCAUAACAUGCUUGUGAGAGUGCUUCCCCAUGGAUUUAUACGAAUGAUAUCAAACCCAAUGGUCCGUAAAUUGCUAAGAAAGCAGCGAGCUCGACAGACCGAAUCGAAGAGUAAGCAUCAACUUCAAGAUCCAGUUGAUGGAUCAAAAUGGUUUAUUCGUCGCAUGCAGCUCCAGAUUGGAACACUUUUUGCAAGUGGUUCUGUGAAAGAAGGUCAAGUUAAGGAAGCUCCCUUACGCACGAAUUAUCCUGGUGAAUCAUCUACCGAUAUGGCUUUACUGUCGAGUAUGGUGUGCAAAGAUUUCUUGCUGCCUGACUUGAUUUGGAAUGAACUCACACGAGGCCAAUUGAAAGCGUCUCUUAAGUCAACGAUUAAGGAAUUUGAUCAAUUUAAAGCCAAUCAAGCUGCUGCACUAUCGUUAGUUAUUUCUCGAAAAAAAGGCAACACGAUUAAAUGGAACCACGCCCGAUUCUCUGUGACGUACGAAAGCAUUGCUCAGGAGCUUCAAGUUGACCGAUUUUAUCUUCGUGUUAUUUUGGAAAGGAUAAACGAUGGAUCUUUGCAGUUGGCUGAAGUUGCUAGUAUUGUCCGGGCGAUGGAAGCUGGAACGCAUCAAGGAAAGCUAAAAAAGUCGAGCAGCCUCUUCUUUGCUAGCAUGAAUAUUGCUAAAUAUCCAGCGAAUUUUUUUAACGAGAUAUAUCAGUGCUGGUUGGAGCAUCUUUAUCUAAACGACAUCCCUUUGUCUGGAACAAGUGAUUGGUCCGCGAGCGGAAGCAACGGUUUCCCACAACUUACCGGGGCAACCGGCAGCGAGCAGCAUGGUCGUUUAAUGCUUAAAGUUCUGAUCGAAUUAGCUGGUGUAUUCCCUGAAGUCCGACCCAUUACGAAACAUCGAGCACGAUUUCUCACUGAGCUGCUACGCAAUUCUUAUCUGGCGUGUGAGAUACAAGACAUCGUAGAGUUGAUGUCUUGCUUAACUCUAUCGAGUGAGACCAGUACAGAGUUGUGUACAAAGAAGCACAUCCAAGUGCUUUUAUAUAUGUCAUUGCUGUCGCAUAGGCACCAGACAGCACCAAAAGGAAGAGACAUGAUGAAUGAUUAUGGUGGUAUUCCAAUGAUGGACUCGCUGGAGAUGUCGGAAGCAGCAGAAACCUCUUCUGUACCGAUUGCAGAACUUUCCUUCUACAAUGAAUCAAGAUUUGCUUUGAAAUGGAGCGUGAAAAGAGCUAUGGUAGAGACUGGAGAAGAAAGUUUGGUUAAAGGACCGUAUUCAGCAAACGAGAUGAAAGAAUUCCUAGAUGCUGAUCCUUUCAUCCGACACCGGCAGAUUGACGCUUUCUAUGUAUGCUGCUGCUCUUCUCAUGGACAUGACCAUUCUACUAGCGUUGAACACGAAUGGAAGUCAAUAUUUGAGCAUCCAGAACUACGAUGGAUGGAGCUAACCGAAGAGCCCAUUGACGCAAGUUGUGCGGUGUUCGCGUUAAAGACGCUGAGAAACUUUAUGGUCUUAGACCAAGACACGGUGCCAUCUGGGAACAAAAUGUUAUGGCCGCCUCCGUUGGUGAAUACGAUUGUGGCUACUACGUCUUCAUUAGCUUUGAUAAUUCAGCUACUUCUGGUAAAUAACUUUAACGUACGGAGGUACGUCUGUGAGAUGCUCAUGUCAUUGACCGAUGAAGAGCUGCAAGAGGUAUAUAAGUAUGGAACAUUCUUCUUCAUUUUGUCAGCGGCUGCGAAUCAUAAAGGAACCGAUAAGGUACCUGCCUUUGUUCCCGAAGCAACACUACUGAAACGGAUUCAUAGAACUCAGCGAUCGUCGGAGCGACAUGUAGGGCAGAGCUACUUAACGGAUAUGUUGCCGGAGUCACUCAUAGCGGUUCUGGACUCGGAGACCCCUGAACGCUUUGCUGACGUGUAUAGUGGUCGCAUACACGACAAGCGCGUUCUGUGGUCCUCAACAAUGAGUGCUCAUUUACAAGAAAUGAUGGAUGAACACUUACAAGAGUUUAAAAAAAGUUUGAAGGGCGACGUUGCAGCAAGAUAUAACUACACUCCAAUCCCUCCCAUCUCUUUUCUGGAGUUAUCGAAAGAAGUCUACUGCAGUGGCUUCUACCUUUCGACCUUCAAUCAGUCCGAAUCGGAAGCAGUAGAAGUCGAGGAUCCAGUAUUUUUAAUGAAGAGCAUUGAGGAAAAGUGGCGUCACUUUGUUCGGCGUCAAGCCGAUGGUAUAGAGGAGGACAUGGAUCACUUGAAUGCAUACAGAAUAUUUGGCUGGAGUGAAGACGCAAUGUACUCUUUAUCUGAUUUACGCACGCGCUAUCGGGAGCUGUGUCAGAAAACCGAAAUGGAAUUGAACACAGUUCGUAAUGCUUUUGACGUACUUUGUGCUGUGCUUGAGCGCAAGAACGAAGCUGAGGGCGGAAAGUCAUCGGACGAAGUCAUCGAGCGUAUUUUGAAAUCUCAAGUUCAGUUGUUGGAUAAGUACGGCUUCCAGUUUUUCUCGUACGAGUCUUCAACGCUGGAUCUGCUUGUCAAGGCUUUGUCACCUCAAUCGACAGAAGAGUCUAGAUCGCGUACUCUCGCGAUGAAUGUGUUGCGGCGACUGCUCUCCGUUGCGCCGCAAAAUGGCCCACUACUGGUUAGAAUCGAUGGUAUGUGGGAUGCGGUUCUUGACAUGGUUGAAAUCUGUGCAUACAGACACGAUACGGCAGCAAAAGAGAACAUGUUCUCUAUUCUUCAGCUGCUUCUUCUAUCUGAAGAAGGAGUUCAAUCGCUUUUGGGGGUAGACAAAGCAGCUGCUAACGAGGUGCUACCGUCGAAGACAAUUGAUUUUGGCACACUUGGGGACGAUGACGAUACGUCAUUUUUCAUUGCGACGGAGUAUACGUCUCAAAACGGAGCAAAGAAAUUUAAGCACGCUCAGAGCGUAUAUUCGCUAUUAGAUGAUGUUAUUCUAUCGUUUGAAAACAUUCAGCCGUGGCAUAUUCAGAAAAUGUCGUUUGAUAUUGCGUCAUCGCUUUGUCGAAGCCACGUGUUACAAAAACAAAUCAUGACUUCCACUCGAGUAUUUUGGAAGGGUCUUUAUUUGAUACUUGCAUCAGCUGAGAGCACAUCAGGAAUUGAUGCAGCUCAGAGUAUAACCGCGCUAGAGAGACAGGAACGUGAGAUGCUGGAGAGCGCUUUUGGAGCAUUACGAUCGCUAGCUUUGGGUCCUGAUGGUAGCAGCCGAUCUGCAGGACUUGAUGCUUUAGCGAAUCUCCUUCCAAUGGACUUCUUGGAUUGUCUCGAGAAGCCUAAUGGAUAUGACUUUUGUACUACUUUGCUUUCAAAUAUUCGUGAACCGACCUGUAUUUGGAACGAAAAUACGCGAGCCGAACUCUCUCAGCUUAUGGAAGAGUUUUGCACUGAUCCCGAUGGUGAUGGAUUAUUGUUUUUGGAAAACGCCUCGAACCACAUGUACGAUUGUCUUAGCACUGAGCCUUUUGUUGGAGGAAUUUAUUUGUUGAUAUUGCUGGAAAAGUCAGAAGGGCAUCCAGAAGCGAUUACUGAAGAUACGCUGUAUCCGACCACAGCCAUCGACUUUGUGGAAUCUCUAUUCCUGUUCUUGAAUGAAAACAGAGAUCCUAAGCUUGGCAUUUAUUCUGACACACUACCUGCAUUGGAUUGUUUAAGUCUUCUUUGUGACUUGCCGGACUUCCGGCCUGCCAUUGUGGAGUGCUUGGAGCAACACGUUGACGAUGUGGAUCCAGUAAAUGCUUCGAUUUCGGUAGCCACAUUGGGCAGAUACUUGCUUCCGUUUGACAAUAUUGACAAAACAAAAGCAAUAUCGAUUUCGUCUCGUCGAUCACUGUCAACGUAUGGCUUUAAGGCCAAGAUUGGGUCUGAUGGUGCAUCUGCUGCGAUGGAAAUUGAGUUUGGAAAUGUUGAUUAUUUGGCCCGCCAAGAACUUGCGCUGCUUGUUCUGAACAAAAUCUGUGGGUUGCAAUAUAACCUGGAACGGAUGUUAUCGCCUUUCUGCCAAUUUACAUGGUGCCUUCAGGUAAUCGCGGAUCAUCUUGAUUAUGAGCAAGCAUUUUACGCACUAUCCUGUUUGGCCGAGCUGUGUGACACUUGCCUCGUAAUUGCCGAGUAUAUUCAGACGAGCGGGCUGUGGGUCGAGAUAUUGGGCAUCGCACUCCAAUCUAGACAGCAUGUCCUCCAUGAGCAUUUUCUUCGAGCUGAAGCUUUACGGGAACCUGCAUUUGAAGUUUUGUACGCACUACUGAUGAAAGAUAUAGCUUUGCGAGAAAAGAUGUACAGUGGGCUUUGUCGAUUUCUUCCUUACCCGAUCGUGUACCAAAUUCACCUGGACCCAAACAAGGCGACUCGAUUCUUCGACGACAAUCACGAAAAAGGCGAUUUGAUAUGGAACUCUCACAGACGAACUGAAGUGCGCAAGAAGCUCGACCAAAUUAUCUGCCGAAAUCGAGUGGAACGAUCGAUAGCGAAGCGAGACUCUGUUUUGCUUGACGACGAAACAGAUUUUAUCCCGCUUCCCCAAAAUUUUGUGGCGGGUCUUUAUAUUAAUCGCUUCUUAUCUCGACCGGACCCUGAAAAACUUACAAACCCAGCAUACAAUUUGGAGCUGCUAUUUCAGGUAUGGAGGACUCAACUGGACAAACUGAUGAGCUUUGAUCUGCAAAAUCCACCUGAAAACCUUAAGACAACCGCUGAUGAGAUCGACAAGUACACUAUGGCAAUAACGCAUAUUUUACGGGCAUCACUUGAUAUUGACGAGAGCAUUGCUAACAACCAUACACCGGAACAGAUCGUGAAGCUCGUGCGCUAUUGUAAUGAGCACUUGAUUACAAGUUUCCCGUACCGUUGCAUCUUACAUAUCGCUCGACGCUUGGUGCAAUUUCCCGAGAUCACCUCGAAAGAUUUUGUUGAGUUGCUGAUUUGCCGAAUUACUAUGCUGCACCCAGAUAUUCCGAGUUUGCUGAAGGUUCUCCGUCGUGUGUUGGAGGCGCGCCACACGGUACUAACAGAAACGGGGACGAAGGAUGAUCCUGAGUAUUGGUUGAGAGACCUGAAAUACUAUUCCCAGAUGUUGACGUUCCUGGAAGGACUGCUAGAGAACAAGGAGCAGAUCGAAGCCUCACUUUUGUCCAAUAUAAAUCGCGUAUUGCGCAUCAUCCAUGCGGAAGAGCCGAAGGAGACCAAUUUGAAGCAAAAAUCUCGUAGCUUCAUGGGACGCUGGCAUAAUUUUACGUUAGAAAACAGAUCUUCGAUGCAUUGUAAAGCGAUUAAGACCGGGCAAUCUCAACAAAAGCCGCCAGUGAAUACGUCUGUGAUGACCAUUGAACCAGGCAACCCGCACACCUUAAGUGCACAAAGUUUUGACGUGGAUGGGGCAAGAGAACGAUCAUCAGAUGUUGCAAGUACUCAACGCGAUGAUAUGAAUGGAAAAAUAGAGCCUUCCAUCCGUGUGGACAUCAAAGGCAUACCUGAUGAUCGUGAAGUUGAUAUCGACGAUACUUUCAUUCAAAUACCUCCGAAGAGCAUCAACUUCAAUGACGGUGCGAUCGAGGUAGGAGAUGCUGUUGCACCUCGCAGUUUUCGAUACAAGGGCGAAAUCGCCCAUAAUUCGCCACUACCAUCUCCAAAGCCCGUUCGCUACUCGACGCUAGGAGCUCGAUACGAACCGGUUGACUCCCAGUAUCAUUCGAAGAAAGCAGCUGAGUAUGAUGAACAUUUGGAUGACGAGGACAUCUUCACUAGCCAACCGCGUCGUGGGAGUGUCCCAUUGCCGUCAGACGAUGUCGGUGUGAAACUGGUCAAUAGAUUUACGUCUGCUGCAGGAGUCGGUAUUCCCAUAAGCAGCAUCAACGUGAGAAAUUAUGAUCCGCGAGCGCCUGCUAAUCGAAGACAGUCGCAAGAGCCAAGUGAAGCCCCGCCAGAAGCGACGAGUGGCCAGAAUGGACAAAAUGGGAUACGUUCCGAUCGACGUUAUUCACUACUGGACUCGUGGAAACCGCCAAAUUCAGCAGUGCCAAACGCGUCACUCACGUCGCUCACGAUUUCUCGACGAGGACGUCGAGCUGCUGCAAUCUAUAGCCGACACAAGUCCAAAGGCAAAAAGAGAUGGUUUAAUCUGUAA